AUGCUGUUCGAAGCGCAUCUCAAACAGAUCCUUACUGACCGCAGAGCACCUUCUUUUCCGCAACUGCAGCCCUCUUUCGUACAAGGGCUUCACGAGCUCUUGAAGCAGAGCAACGUACCCGACACCAACACCGUCAAAGCAGCAACCGAAUCCCUCCAGAACAACUACUACAAGAACCCACAAUGCAUCCCUGCACUGUUUGAGAUCCUCGCCACCUCUCCCGACCUUGCUGUCCGUCAGCUUGCCGCCGUCGAAUUGAGAAAGCGCCUGGCAAAGAGCGGAGGCAAGGUUUGGACAAAACAGUCCGUUCAGGUCCGUGACGGUAUCAAGGCAAAGCUUCUCGAGGUCGUCACCAAUGAACAGGCCGCUGCCGUCCGAAGUGCAAUUGCGCGUGUCAUCUCCGAGAUCGCAAAGCGCGAGCUCCCCGCCGGUUCCUGGCCCGCACUGCUUCCCUUCCUCUUCCAGGCCGCCGACUCUCCCAACGCGACCCACCGACAGAUCUCGCUCUUUGUCUUCUACACUGUCCUAGAGACCUUUGUCGACGGCGGUGAGGCUCUCGACAAGCACCUUCCCCAGAUCAUGCAGCUCUUUGCCAAGAGCUUGCAAGACCCGGAAUCGCUCGAGGUCCGCGUCACCACCGUCCGUGCCCUCGGCAAGGUUGCGCAGAACCUCGAGAGCGACGCUUCCGCCGACCUUGCUGCCAUGCAGUCCGCCGUGCCCCAGAUGGUCGGCGUCCUCAACCAGUGUCUCGAGCAGAGUAACCAGGACGGUGUUCGUCAAAUCCUCGACGUUCUCGAGGAGAUCUGCAUGCUCGAGGUCCCCAUCAUUUCGAACCACAUUGCAGAGCUCAUCGACUUCUUCCUUGCCAACGGUGCCAACCAGGAGCACGAGGAGGACCUCCGUCUCAUGUGCCUCAACUCGCUCAUCUGGAUCUGCUCCUACAAGCGCUCCAAGGUGCAGAGCCUUGGUCUUGCCAAGCACAUGAUCGUGCGUCUCAUGCCCAUCGCCGUCGAAGAGGACUCGGACGAUGUCGACGAGGACUCGCCCUCGCGUCUUGCCCUCCGUGUCAUCGACGGCCUCGCCACCGAGUUGCCUCCUAGCCACGUCUUCCCGCCUCUUCUCGAGCAGAUGCAGGCCUACAUGGGCAACCAGGACCCACACCACCGCAAAGCCGCCAUGAUGGCCUUUGGUGUCUCGGUCGAGGGCUGCUCCGAGUACAUUCGCCCGCACAUGAACGACCUCUGGCCCUUUGUCGAGGCUGGUCUCAAGGAUCACGAGGCUGUCGUGCGCAAGGCUGCCUGCGUUGCUCUCGGCUGCCUCUGCGAGAUGCUCGAGGAGGAAUGCGCUGCCAAGCACGCGACCUUGCUGCCCGUAAUCAUGGAGCUCGUCAACGACCCUGCCACUCAGCGAUCCGCCUGCACUGCUCUCGACUCGCUUCUCGAGGUCAUGGGCUCCGACAUCUCCCAAUACCUGCCCGCCAUCAUGGAGCGUCUUGCUGGUCUCCUCGAGACUGCCCCCAUCCCCGUCAAGGCUACCGUCACCGGUGCCAUCGGAAGUGCCGCUCACGCAUCCAAGGAGGGUUUCCUGCCGUACUUUGACCAGACCAUGCAGCGCAUCAAGCCUUUCCUCACUCUCACCGAGGAGGGCGAUGCCAUGGACCUCCGCGGAAUCACCACCGACACGGUCGGCACCUUCGCCGAGGCCGUCGGCAAGGAAGCUUUCCGCCCCUAUUUCCAGGACUUGAUGAAGCUCGCUUUCGAGGGCAUGGACCUCAACAACCCGCGUCUGCGCGAGUGCAGCUUCAUCUUCUUCGCCGUCAUGUCCCGCGUCUUUGGCGAGGAGUUCACCCCCUUCCUCCAGCACGUCGUGCCCAGGCUCAUCCAGUCGUGCCAGCAGUCGGAGCACGACCCCGUUCCCGGCGCUUCCGGUGACGGCACCAUCAACGGCAUCGGCAUCCCGGGUAUCAGUGCCGGUGGCGACGACGAUGAUGACGAUGGCUUUGUCGACAUCGACGAGCUCAACGACGCCUUCCUCAACGUCAACUCGGCCAUCGCUAUCGAGAAGGAGGUCGCUGCCGAUUCGCUUGGCGAGAUCUUUGCUCACACAAAGUCCGGCUUCCUCCCCUUCCUCCAGGAGUCGGUCGAGCAGCUCGUCAUCCUGCUCGAGCACUUCUACCAGGGCAUCCGCAAGAGUGCAGUCUCAGCCCUUUUCACCUAUAUCAACACGCUCAACGAGCUCAGCAACCCCCAGCCAUGGCAGGCCGGUGUCCACGUCAAGGUUCCCCUCAACGCCGACGUGCAGAAGCUCGUCAACGCUGUCAUCCCCGCCGUCAUGGAGAUGUGGGAGAGCGAAGAUGAUCGAACUGCUGCUAUCGAGGUCUGCCAGUCGCUGGCCGAGUGCCUUAACAAGAACGGCCCCGCCAUUAUUGCGCCCGACCACCUCGACACGGUAUGCACCUACACCAUCAUGAUCCUCGAGAAGAAGAGCCCACCUCAACUCGACUCGGAGAUCCCAGAGGAGGAAAACGAGGAGGCAUCCGAGUACGAGUCGGUCCUCGUCUCGGCUGCUUCCGACCUGGUAGGUGCCAUGGCCAACGUGCUCGGCGCCGACUUCACCGAUCCUUUGAAGCAGUUCAUGCCUCAGAUCAUGAAGUACUACACACCAGGACGUUCAAUGAGCGACCGCUCCACGGCCAUCGGCUCGCUGGGCGAGAUCAUCACUGGAAUGAAGGGCGCCAUCACUCCCUUCACGCAAGACAUCCUUUCGUUGCUCUCGCGCGCGCUUUCGGACGAGGAGGCCUCGGUUCGAUCAAACGCCGUGUUUGCCUCGGGUGUGUUGAUCGAGAACACGCAGACCGACCUGAGCCCGCACUUCCCCCAGCUGCUCAACGCUAUCCGACCCUUCUUUGAGAAGAGCCAGAACGAGUCGGACGAGGUGCAGACCGCACGCGACAAUGCCUGCGGCUGCCUGUCGAGGAUGAUCAUCAAGAACGCCGAUGCGGUUCCCCUGGACCAGGCUCUGCCCAUUUUGUUCUCGUCGUUGCCGCUGCAGAAGGACAUGGCCGAGUGGUCCCCCGUUCUGCGCUGCAUGAUCGACCUGAUCCAGGCCAACAACGCGGUAGCGUCGCAGAACAUCGACACCAUCCUCCAGCUGUUUGCCCACGUGCUGGCAGGCGACGAGGACAACCUCGGAGCGCUGUUGCGCGGCCAGGUGUGCGGAUUUGUGAGCCAGCUCAACACGCAGAUCCCCGACAAGGUGCAGGCUGCCGGUCUGCAACAGUACCUCGUAUAA